CUCUCAUCUCUUCAACGCUCGCAAGGCCCAGUCUGCCAGGCACAAGCUUGCACGGCAACUUCGGGACAUGCGAACUCGCUAGCUGGUCCGCCGCACCUCUCAGCUCAGCGCGCCAUGGGCCAGACACAUGCUUCCUGGCUCGCUGAGCCGCACAACGCUCGGACCAAGCGCUCGCGGCUCUCCUACUUUCUCUCUGCGCUGCUGCUCUUCCUCGCUCUGCUCUGUCUCUUCCACCAACUGCCAGUGCCCAGUCCUCUCUUCCUAGUUUCUCCCGCAUCUGCGCCGCUCUUCGAUCUGCAAGGCCAUAGAGGCGCACGUGGCCUCGCGCCCGAGAGCACGCUCUUUGCCUUCGCAGCCGGCCUCAAGGCGGGCGUCACGACGCUGGAGCUCGACGUCACGCUCGCUGCUGACGGGACGCCAUUCGUCUGGCAUGACGAGAGGGCGCUGGAUAGCAAGUGCAGUGGUGAUGCAGUCGGCAAACGACUCGAGGACCUGACGUACGCCGAGAUCAAGGCGCUCGACUGCGGCAAGACGCUGCCUGAGUUUCCUCGACAAGUUGCACAUCCAGGCGCUCGCAUUCAGACGCUGGAUCAAGUGCUGCAGUUUGGCCUCUGCGUCGCGCCCAAAGGAGGACUGCAGUGGAACGUGGAGAGUAAGGUGCAGCCGCCUGGAUACAACAGCACGUUCAGCGCGGAGAAGUACACGCAGGUGAUUCUCGACACUCUCAAGCGGCACGACGUGAUCGAUCGCGUCAUCUUCCAGUCCUUCUACUGGCGCACCCUCCAUCUUUCAAAACUCUCCACACCCUCGCUGUGCACCUCAGCGCUCAUCGCGCCUUUCAUCCACACGCUCCCAGCCGACAAAGCCUCGCUCUGGCUCGACGGCCACACUCUCGAUGCGCAGCCCGGCAAUACGACCUCUCUGCGCGUUGCUCAAGCCGCCGCUUCUCUGGGCGCCGACAUCGUCUCGCCCUUGCAUGGCGCGCCCGGCGAGUCCGGCGACGCAGCAUAUGUCCCCUUCACGGACGCGCAAAUGACGCACGAAGCGCAUCGGCUAGGCGUGCACGUGCUGCCUUGGACCGUCAACGCCGUGCUGACCGCCGACCGAAUGCACGACGUGGGCGCAGAGGGCAUCAUCACGGACUUUCCGGAUGAGAUGCAUGCGUGGGCGGUAGAGAAGGGCGUGAGAGUACCGCCACGACGCAGCGAGAGAAGAGUGGAGAAGUGUUUGAGAGAGGCACUGGCUAGAGAUAGGCCAUAGCGCGUCGAGAGUGGCAUGAAAUGAUGCAGUUCCUCCUCCUG